AUGAGUAAAGACGACGAAUAUGAUUAUCUUUUUAAAGGUAUGGACCUUGUCUUAAUUGGUGACUCUGGGGUUGGAAAGUCUAAUCUUCUUUCACGUUUCACUCGUAAUGAGUUCAAUUUGGAGUCCAAAUCUACUAUCGGUGUCGAAUUUGCUACCAGGAGUAUUCAAGUAGAUAAUAAAACUAUCAAAGCACAAAUUUGGGAUACUGAAUUAAGAGAUCAUGCUGACAGUAAUAUUGUCAUUAUGCUUGUUGGAAAUAAGAGUGAUUUAAGACACUUACGAGCAGUUCCUACUGAAGAAGCCAAACAAUUUGCUGAAAUAUACCGUAUUGUAUCUAAUAAGGCUUUGGAAAUUAACAGUGGUGAUGUUGCUAGACCAACUGCUGGAGAGACUAUUCAAGUUACUCCUUUACCUGAUGACAACAACAAGGCAGCUGGAAG